AUGCCGUCAACACAGACUGGCUAUGCGCCGAACCUCAGCGUUUUCUUGAAGUCGCUAAAGGCUGCUCCGUUGGAGUCAUCUAUUGAAAAUCUCAUCUCGCUCCUCAAAAGAAGACAGAUCCAGAAUUCGAGACCAUGCGCCAUAGCGACGGCACAUCUCCUUCGCCGCGUGGUUGCGAAGUUCAAAUGGACGGACAUUGGGAAGCUCUUGGAAAGAAUACAAGAAGUUGGCCAGCGCCUCAUUGCAGCGCAACCGAGAGAAAUGGUCGUAGGAAACAUAGUGCGAAGAGUUCUGGGAAUGAUAAGAGAUGAGGCAAAAGAGGAUAGAGCUGAAGAUGGAAGUGAUUCAGCGUCGAAUGUUGGCUCUCCGAGCAGGAAGCAGAGCUACUCAGGUUCACCCAGGACCGAUGCACCACCAGCAUUCAGCCCCCUACGAUUCGAGUCGAGCAGUGAGUCGGGAGUUCCAGAAACAAACGGAGAUGAUGUCUUCAGCGGAAAAUCAGCAAUAUCCUCCAGACCACCUAUGCUCACCUCUCAUCAAUCCUAUGCAGUGCUCAAUGGAGUUCCAGUACAACAAUCGAUGUUCAAUUUACUCUCAGCAACACCUUCACCAAAUGCGACUCCUCCAGGAACACAUUCUCCACAUGGAAAAUCUUCCUUCAAUGCGUCUUCCCUGUCACAAAGGAUAGCUACAACAACGAAGGACUUGAAAGCAGAGGUCAUGGGGGGAAUUGAUGAGAUUAUCGAUGAGCUAGAUCAAGUCGACGAUCAGAUUGCCGCAUACGCUCAGGAGCAUAUUCACUCAAAUGAGAUUAUUCUCACGCAUUCCUCGUCUCUCAGCGUCCAGAAGUUUCUACUGAAGGCCGCUGAGAAGAGGAAGUUUACCGUUAUAAUUGCAGAAUCGUACCCAAAUGACCACGACGCCACACACGCGGCGGUAAUAAGGGAGAUUAGUCAAUCUGGUGAAACUGGAGGCGACAUGAGUACAGAUAAAUUCUUGAAACCCUUGUCUGAAGCCGGCAUUACAGUCAUUCUUAUUACGGACGCCGCCAUUUUCGCUUUCAUGAAGAAGGUUAGCAAAGUCAUCUUGGCCACCCACGCAGUCAUAGCAAACGGGGGAUUGAUAGCAGCAGCGGGCGCUCGGAUCAUUGCAAAGGCAGCGAAGGCGCAUAGCACACCAGUGAUCGUUGUUAGUGGUGUAUAUAAGCUCAGCCCUGAGUACCCGUUCGAAUUUGAAUCUUUGAUCGAAUAUGGUGAUCCGGGAAGCAUUGUAGGCUACGAUGACGGACCAUUGGUGGACACGCUGGAGGUGGAAAAUCCAGUCUACGACUAUGUGCCUCCUGAUCUGGUAGAUCUCUACAUCACCAACUUAGGUGCUCAUGCACCGUCUUAUCUUUAUAGGAUCGUUGCAGACCACUACAAGACUGAAGACAUCAACUUCCACAAGCCUGAGCUACAAUUUUGA